AUGUCGCCGACCCUCGCUCCUCCCGUCAACGAUACCCAUCUGUCAUGCUCCUUCUUGGUUCAGUCCCAAAAGGUUCAAAAUGAAGAUGUUGUUGAUACUACAGAGAAGCUUAGGGCCCAAAACUUUUCACCUUCUGUUACAUCUUUUGCUAGUGAUGACAUGGCAAUGAGACAACGGCCACAUCAGAAGAAGUAUAAGUUGGGAAUUGGCCGAGUUAAUGUGUCCCAUUCUCAUAAACCUGGAGAGGUAGAUGAUGCAUCAUACUAUUAUAAAAAUUGCUUGGAGUCUGAGGAGAUCAUUUGCUUGGAUAGGAGAAUCACAACUGAAGCUGCAGAAGGACUGCAAAAGGCACAUAAAGUCUCAAAUUAUCUGAAGCUGGAUGCAGAGAUUCUUGAACAGAAAACGCAUGAGUCAGCAACCAAUGCAUUGGGAACUAUCACCGAUGCUUUGUCAAUAAUCUCCUAUUCAGAGAUACUACUUAAUAUGAAAGGAGAGGCUCUUCUCAUGAUGGGGAAGAAUAAAGAGGUAGUUCAACUGUGUGAGAAAACCCUAGAUACAUCGGAGUCAAGUUUACUUAAGGAACAUGUUGAAGCUCAAAGGAAGGAGCUUUUGCAAAGGAAACAAGAGGUGGAAGAAGUUGAAGAAAAGGAGAGAAUAGCAAAUGAAAAUUUAAAGAAGAAGAUAAAUUUGAAAGAGGAAACAGCAGCUGCUGUAAUGGCAGCAAGAGAUGCAGUUGAGACAUCAUUAAAAUUAGCAGACACACGGGCUACUCGAUUGAGGGAGAGAAUUGAAGAGUUGACUAGUCAACUUGAAAAACUUGAUACACAAAAAAAUUCCACCAAUAAAAAUAGGCCACGAUACGUAUGCUGGCCUUGGGAAUGGCUCGGGUUGGACCCUGUGGAAGCGGGACCCACUCGCCAGCCGGACAUGCAUCAGAAUGGUGCAAAUGAAGUGGAGCUUUCCGAACCUCUUCUCUGA